UUUAAAGAUUCACAUCUCUUGUGCAUUUACCUGAAUACCCCUUGUCAGGCAAUAUUAACGGUGAGUGAGUUCCUUGGCUCCCCGCUCCCAUGAAAGAUCCCCUGAGUUCUGAUAAGAAAGCCAAAUGAAACCUUUUUGGCAGGACUGGAGUGCAUGUACAGAUUCAUGUUGCAUCCUUUGAAAGUUAACACUCGCGAGUGGAUGUGGAAUCGAUUCCUGCAUGGAAGAAGUAUUUUUUUUGUUGCUUCACAUGUACCAGGAGCAGCCCUCACUAAAAGCGGCCGGGAAACCAAAUGGGCCAAGUAAUUAAGCUGGAAUCUUGUUUUAAACCAAAUGCCUCUCUUUUUGUUUGCUGUCGCUAUUCCUCGCUAACUGCAGUUGGUUUCGGUUUUCCUCUCGCACAAUACAUCUCCGAGAAGCUAAGCUAAGGACGCCUUCCUGCGAUCAAACUCUUGACUUGAACUGCAAGACAAUCUAACUCAAGAAGAAUAUCCACCGAUGCUGCUUUCCAUUUCUGCGUCCUCGUCUCCUUGACCAUUUUAUAAGUAACCUCAUGAUGACGACAACAGGGGCGGGAAAGAAAUGGCGGUUCCUAAUUCCAGCGGUGAAGGUGCGGCAGAGAUUGUGUUCUUCGACUUAGAAACGACAGUGCCCGGCAGAGCUGGACAACGGUUCUGGGUGCUAGAGUUCGGAGCAAUUGUGGUCUGCCCACGGAAGCUCAUUGAACUGGAAAGCUAUUGUACUCUGAUAAGACCCGGAGACCUCUCUGCGGUUGCACUGAGGUCAGGGCGAAGUGACGGGAUUACCCGCCAAGUGGUGGCGACUGCACCCACUUUCGAGGACGUCGCCGAUAAGAUAUUUGGUAUCUUGAAUGGUAGAAUAUGGGCAGGACAUAACAUCCAGAGAUUCGACUGUGCCCGUAUCAAGGAGGCUUUCGCUGACAUUGGACGCCCUGCUCCCGUGCCCGUCGGUGUGAUGGAUUCCUUGGGAAUCCUGACUCAGAAAUUCGGCCGGAGAGCUGGUAACAUGAAGAUGGCGACAUUGGCUGCGUACUUUGGGCUUGGACAGCAAAAGCACAGGAGCCUCGAAGAUGUCCGGAUGAACCUGGAGGUCCUCAAGCACUGUGCAACUGUUUUGUUUCUGGAGUCAAGCCUCCCAAAUGUGUUGGCUGGUAAUUCCCAGGGCUCCCCAACUGUAACAACAAGGAGCAGAAGCAACGGAAGGUUGUCAUAUGGGGAAGAAACGAGCAGAAGAUCUCCUCCUACUUCUAUUGGGCACCACAGAGCAGUUCCUUACGUAACUGGAAGAUUUGGAAAGAUGACGGACAGAGUAAUAAAGGAUCUCCCAUGCAAGGCCUACGAGAAACCACCACUUAGUAACUUCCUCAAGCAUUCUCAUUCUGUACUAAGAUGAACAAGGAAGAGGCUUCAAGAUUUCAUCCCCUUCCAUUGUUAGCAAUACAACAGUUGUCAAAUCGGAGAGGAAGAUGAAAAUUGCAGAAAUACCUUGUGUCAUCUCUGGUGAGCGUCUCUCUCAAAUUGGAAGUGGACAUCGGCUUCGUUCAAUAUAAUACAGACUAGAGACUCGUGCUAAGAUUUCCUCUCACUCUCUAUAGAGCUUGGUGCUCCGUGCUGAACCAAAGUCACAAAUUCAUGAAAUGUGAAUAUGUGAUUCUCUCCCUAGAUGUUUCCUCUGUAUAUUUUCAUUCAUUUACCCUUCAAUUGUGUUCUGUAUUGAGAAAUGAAAUCGUUAUUUAUUAUUGAUAAACACACCUGGGAUAGCUCCCCUUUUAC